AUGGGAUGCUCUCGAAGUCACUAUGAGGAGCUAAAGAGUAAUCGAAGCAUUGUAAAGCAGUCCUCUGCUCGAGAGCUACUUCGACCCCACUCCUCCAAGUUAGUCGGCACCAAUCGCGCUCAUCAUCGCCUUUGUGUGCUGGUGGCCACACCGCUGACUCCCUUUAGACAGUACCACUGGGCUUGGAAUCUCGUCAUGCGUGAAAGCAUUCUUGAAAAUUCCAGUUACUGGCACCUCCGAAUUGGGGCAGCGGUGGGUCCAGUGCAAACACUCCAUAGACGUUUGAGCCCAAUUUUGCUUCUUCGCGAAAUUCAGCACGCUAAGGCGAGCGCGGAAUCUGUUGUCAACUCUGUUGCUCAUCCUGAAACGUCUCGCGCUUCCACACGACGGGUUCACUGGGAAGCACUCAGCUCAGCA